GCUCACACAUACACCCACACGCUUGUGGAGUUGUUAGAUUGAAAGCGCACCAGUCUGACAAAUCCGUCCAGACUGCAGGGGAAAGUAAAGUUUACUCUGGACAGAAUAGAGAACAGCGGUCUGAUUCAACACUGUGGAGCAACAUGCAUACAUACAAACAGACAUGCGACCCUGACUGUCUGCAGGUGUGCCAUCACCCGGACUGUCAGGAACUGAACGGUAAAAUCCCUCUGCACCUGUGUGAGUCAUGUGAUUCACGCUGUCACCUGAAUGAGACUGACAGUAUGCACUUUGACAGACACCCCCGAUUUGACUUGCAACCACAAGGUUCCAUCCUGGCACGGAAUGUGUCGACACGCUCCUGUCCCCCUCGCACCAGCCCAUCCUCAGACCUGGAGGAAGACGAGGAAGGAACCAGUGAACGAGGGGAAUGUAAGACAGGAGGAAUGAAGCUGAAAGGAAGGGAAGGAAAGAAACCUAGGCGACGCCACACUGAUGAUCCCAGGAAGGAGUGCUUCAGCCUCAAGUUUGAUCUGAACGUAGACAUAGACACAGAGAUUGUGCCUGCUGUGAAAAAGAAGACAUUACGAGAGGUGCUCGGGCCUAUUUUUGAGCGCAAGGGCAUUGAAUUAUCCCGAGUGGAUUUAUUCCUGGACCAGUCAAACACUCCACUCUCACUCCACUUUGAGGCAUAUCGAUUUGGAGGACAUUACCUAAAAGUGAAAGCUCGACCCGGUGAUGAGCUGAAGGUGGAGCAGGGAGUCAAGGAUUUGCGCUCUCUCGUUCUGCGGAACACGAAGCCGUCAGUAGGGGACAGUCUGUACAUCCUAACACCCGGCGGUGAGAGGGCAGAGCACGAGUCCCUGCCGCGGCGAGAGGGCGUGGACAUACUGGGUCAGGCCCGUCGGCGAAAGAACAUGACGGAGUUUCUGGGCGAUGCCAACAUCCCGUCCCCGGACUCUCUGGCCAUGCUUGGUGGGUCUUUACCAAGCGUAGCUCCUGGAGGUUCUCUGCCCGGUGGGGCAGCUGGACCAGAGAACUGGAAGAACCGUGCCACCAAUCGGUUCACUGUCUUUUUUGGUGCCACAUCUGGAAAGGAAGUGGACCGCAUGGAGCUGCUUCAUACUAAGUUGCAGGCGUACACACAGUUCGGUCUGCCCAAGGUUCCCUCUCCGCUCUCCUUCCACCAGGAUUCCUGGGAGGAGGAAGAGGAGGAGCUGAACCUGACACUCGAGGACAGCUGGAGGCAGCUCCUGGAGAACUCAGAGAGUUUAAGCAAGCGUCAGUUUCAUCAGCAAGAGGCAAUAUGGGAACUAAUCCAAACAGAGGCUACACACAUCAAAAAACUCAGGGUCAUCACUGAUCUUUUCCUGUAUGGUCUGUUGAAUCUACAGGACAACAGUCUCCUAAACGAGGUGGAGCCCACGCGGCUUUUCAGCAACAUCCACGACAUUGUACGUCUCCAUAGUACGCUGUGGGUCCAGGUUAUGUUUCCAGCAUUGGAGAGAGCGCGAAGCACACGGAGUCUGAUUGAUCCCACUGACCUGCAGCAGGGUUUCAGUACGUUUGCAUCCAGGUUCCAGCCAUACAUCCGGUACUGUAUGGAGGAGGAAAGCUGUAUGGAAUACAUGCGCUCGCUGCUGAGAGACAACGAACUCUUCAAGAUCUACAUCACGUGGGCAGAAACAAAUAAACAGUGUAAUCGUCUGAAGCUGGCGGACAUGCUAGCCAAACCACACCAGAGACUCACCAAAUACCCUCUGCUCUUGAAGACCAUUCUCAAGAAAACUGACGACCCAACCUGCAGAGAUGCACUCAACAGCAUGGUGUUGUGUGUGGAGAGCUUCAUUAACAGUGUGGACUCUCAGAUGCGCCAACGACAGGAGCAGCAGAAACUAGCGGCUAUUUCGGCUCGAGUGGAGUCAUACGAGGCUGUAGAGGGAGCCAGUGAGGAGGUGGAGAGGGCUCUGAAAGAGUUUAACCGUAUUGACUUGAUGGCGCCCAUGAUUGACACCUCACCAGAAGAGACGAGGCAACUGCACCUGGAGGGGGCGCUCCGAAUGAAAGAGGGCAAAGACAGUAGGAUGGAUGUUUACUGUUUCCUGUUCACUGAUCUGCUGCUGAUCACUAAACCAGUGAAGCGUUUGGAGAAGGUGAAGGUGGUCAGGCAGCCCCUCCUCCUGCAUAAUGUUGUGUGCAAAGAGCUUAAAGACACAGGUUCAUUUGUUCUCAUCUAUCUCAAUGAGUUCAAGAGUGCUGUGGCUGCCUACUCAUUCCAGGCCAACAGUGCAACCCAGGGGAAAAGUUGGACUGAUGCAAUCUGCAAUGUCCAGAAUCAACUGCAGCGUUUGCGCUCAGAGGAAGCGCGUCGACAGAAGGCAUGUCUAAACCAGAGGCUAGAGGAAGAUCAGGAGAAAGAUGAGGAGAGCUGUACAUCCACUGCCAUCUCGCUACACCUUAAACACAAAGAUCAGAGCAAUAGCCAAUCAGAUGGCUCCACAGAGACCCUGUUGGUGAUGGAUGUGGACGAUUCUGGAUCAUCUCUAGAUCCCUCCAUUCUUCAGGCUGACCCGGGUGGGCCUUCAGACCCUGAUGCUGAUCUGUCCUCCCUCCCCAUCCAGCCUGAUCCUCCAUACCCCCAUUCUACCAUCCCACAUAAGGGUAAAAACUUUGACACCCAUCCAGACAGUAAAGAGAGCUCGGACCUGGACCCGCAAUACUGUUCGAUGUCUAUGGACAGCGCCUACGGGACCCUCUCACCAGAGUCCAUGGUGGAAACGCAAAACGUAACGGUUGCAACGGAAGGAGACGAAUCCGAGGAGGACAAGUCUGAGACGACAGAAGACGAGGAGCAGGAAAAUGUGGACGAGGAAGAUGAUGAGGAAGAUAAGAGCUCAUGCGGUUCACAGAACUCAGUGGCGCACUCACUGAAACCCAGGCGUCGCCCGCCCGUCCAGUGUCGCCUGCCCUUCCUGGAGAGGCUCGCGGUCAAGUCCUGCUCAGAGGACAAUCUGCUGUCUACUGAUUACCACAGUAACAGUAACCACAGUGUUGCCAGGGCAGCCACAGAGUGCACAGAAAGUCACAACUUAUGGGAGCAGAGAGUGAAAUGUUUAGAUGGUGCGCUGCUCAGCAGGAGCUUGUCGGAACUCAGCCCUACAGAAUUGGAUGAUUCUUUACUGACGGAUGCAGAUGGAAAAAAAAUGGCCGAAAGCCACAGACUUGCGUGCAGUAUGCCAUCAGGCAUGCUUUUGGACGCAUUGAGGCAUGCCAAAAUAGCACAAGAGGCUGGUAGUAACCAGAUUCCCUGCAGUGCAUCAGAUGGGGAGCUAUCGCCCCCUAGUGGUGUGAAGGGAAUGGCCGGCAGUAAGAGACCCCAGCAGCAUAAAAAGCUCACUCUGGCUCAGCUCUACAGGAUACGCACCACACUGGUGCUCAACUCGACACUCACAGCUUCAGAAGUGUAGCAUCUUUCGGGCACAAACCCAGUUCCAGAUCGCCCUGGCGGGACUUAAUUUUGCGGGACACAAAUGCACUCUAACCAAUGAGCUUCUCUGGCUGCCCUCUCCAUUCCCUCUUCCACUCGGAUGGAUUCCUCACUAUGGAGCUUCCCCUCAAAAACCUGCUGUGUAGCUUUACUGUCAUUUAUCUACAGGAUAACGCAGGCUCAUUAACUCAUUGCACUUUGUAAAACACAACUAACUUCAAAAGAGGAUAAAGCUUUCAGUCGAACUGUGGCGUUACGGAAAGGAGACGUACUGUGGGACAUUUGAGGUUGGGAAGGGUCAUGCGGAAGUAGAAAUUCGCUGAACAUGAGAGUGAAAUGCCACAUUGGAUUCCUUCAGUUCUCUGUUUGUUUUGUAUUUCUGCUUAAAAAGGAUUCAACAAAGAGGAUGUAAGUGGUUAUUAUGUUAACUGCACUACUGUAUGUGAGUGUGUGUGUGUGUGUGUGUGUGUGUGUGUGUGUGUGUCUGUGUGUGUGUGUGUUUAUAAAAGAGAAAGAGUGAAUGUAUCUCUGUUUUUCAGAUGUGUGUAUCCACAUGUCCAUACAUGCAUGACUGAACGAAUGCCAGAUAUUGACCCAAACUUUGUUCUGAACCAAAAUAAUCACUGACUUUACAUUUAACUUGAGUAGUGGCUAAAGCAGGUUACAUAUAUGCUUUUGGACCAGUGUUACAUUGAUAUUUUUGUCAUGCAACUGCUUACACAAUAAAACAUUUUGGUUUGAAACACUAUUUAGGAUAUAGAUUAAUUUAACCACCUACUGUAUAUCCAGAUGCAUUGGUCUUGUUCAAAUAACUGUAGUGUCAGAAGAAACUAGUUGGAAAGUCUGAGCUCAGUUUAGGAAAGCAAAUAGGCGUUAAAAGCAUACUGUUGCUUGGGGAAAAAUGCACAGAUUUUUGACAGAGAAAAAUAUUUGCUGUGGUAUUCAUGAUGCUGAUUUCAUUUCAGUAUUAUGGCUUGAUACAUUUAGGAUUCAGGGAGAGUCGCCUUACCACAUAUCAGCACUUAUAAAAGCUUCUACAAGACACUGAAUAUUCUAAGGGAGAUGAUGUUUGGUUUAAGUGAAAGUUCAUGAUGGUUUUCAAAACAUAACAAAUGUAUUAAUGAUUUUUUUGUUUUCUGUAAGCGUAUGAUCUCAUCCAUACUGUUGUUAUCCAAAACUGAAACUGCCUGGUGCUUUACUAACCCCCCCAUGUGUUUUUGUGUUCGUUAUAUUUAUUGAGCUUGUGUUGUUUUAUAUAUAAAAUGUGCUCUAUAAUUGUAUCAUUUCACUUCACAGAAUUGUACUUUUUUUUUUGCUUUGUCGUCUUGAUUUGUUUUGUCAAAAUUUAUUUUGAAAUCUGCUAAGAACCAAAAUAACAUUGUUUCCCAUUUGAGGGA